AUGAGUAAGACGAAUUUUGCCGGGGUGGUUUAUUGUUGUGAAUGUAGGUCAUUCGCUUUGAGCGAUCGACGCGGUACCGACUUCGCCGGAGACGACGCGACGCCCAUAACAGAUAUAAAACAAAGCUCGCCGCCGGAUCGUACUGCUAAGCAUUGCGACAUACAUUUUCUAUAUGCUAAACCGAUCCGAUCGGUUCUGUGCAAAUUUUCGAUUUGGAAGCGGCGAAGGCACAAGAAUACACCCGCGGAAUGCAAAACGGAAUCCCGCUCGCUCUCCGUCGCGGAUUCCCAGACGUCGGCGACGAAGGUAAAAAGCGGUCACACACACCCGAAUCGUGAACUUCGGCGGUUAUUAGUCGAAAUGACAGGGGCGAAUGUGACGCUAUACCGUUACAAAACCUAG